GCGAAAAAUAAACAAAUAGUCAACAUGAUCUGGUCACCGACAAGCAACAAAUACGGAGUAGCAAUACACAACUGGCACGGUGAUGUCACGCAUGGACUUGCUCUGGAUGUGGGAGACUGCGUGGAAAUACUGGAGGAAACUGCCUACUGGUUUCGUGGCACCUGUCCCCGAAAGCCUCGCAAAGUGGGUCUCUUUCCAAAAUCGUACAUUCAUCUGAAAGACCUCUCGAAGGUGGAUCCUGUAGUCGCCGAAUGUACGCUGGUGUUGCGUGAGUGGUCCGAAAUAUGGAAGCGAUUGUUUGUGGAACGGGAGGAAUACAAAUUUACGUCACUGCGCAAGGUAAUGCUGGCAUUGCUCGAGAGCCGUCGAGAACUGUUGAGCUCUACACUUACUCAGGACCAGACUUACGAGCUGCAAAUGAAAGUGAUAUCUAAGAUUGAUUGGGGAAAUCGAAAACUUGGCUUAGAUCUUGUACCCCGGUCAGGCACGCUGGCAGUAGAUCCGCAGAAAAUUGGUAUUGUAUCACUCCACCAGGUACACGUCAACAGUGCUGAAAAUGCAAAGGCUGCAUCGAAUCGUGGAACUCUUCGGCGCAAAGCGGGCAAAAAAAUACAUACGCAUCAUCUGUACUUCUGCAUGCGUGAUUUUGGUCAUCGGAUAGGCGACGAUGCAGAAAUCUAUUUCUACCUGUACGAUGGCAACACGAAUCGUAUGCGUGCCCUAUCGGAACGAUUUCUGGUACGGAUAGCGCGGGACGGCUUUUCGACGUACGUGGAAACAAGCCAUAACUGUACCAUCUUCACCGAUCUUGGAUCGUCUGAUUUGAAUCAGGACCUAUACCUGAUUGCUAACGUAAUGCGUGUCGGUAAGAUGCUGCACUCGGAGUCGGUAAAGAAAGGAGACAAACUCACAACUACGACACACGCUUAUCGACGACCGUACGGAGUUGGUGUGCUGCCGCUGAGCGAAAUUGCCCAGUUUGAUUACAGCGUCGAGUCGGAGGAAAAAGAGUUUAGCUUUAAGAUUUUCCAGUGCGAGGAGAAAGAUUACCAUCAACUGCACGAACUAAUCAUUAAGAAGGCGAGCGGAAAAUUUCAACCAAUCAAUGCUAGCACCCAGGGUCACUAUGGAUUGGUGGUGUCCAUGAAGCUACUGCAUGGCGAAAUCAGUCAGGCAAAGUUGGAGCAGCCGAUCCUGUUCCAGGGUACUGCCAUCACCAAGAAAAUAGGUUUCCCCGAUGUGAUCAUGCCGGGUGAUGUGCGUAACGAUCUCUUUCUCACGCUCGAAAGAGGUGAGUUCGAGCGCGUCGGCAUCAGUACGGCAAAGAACAUAGAAAUCACGGCACUGGUGCUGGAUGAAAAUGGGCGCGUGGUGCAGGAAUGUAUUGCGAUCGCUUCUGGUAGCCCGUUGCAAGCAUAUUACAAAUCGAUGGUACUGUACCAUAACAACUCCCCGGCGUGGAAUGAAACGAUCCGCAUGUUCGUACCGAUUGAUAAGUUCAGCAAGGCGCACGUGCGCUUCGAGUUUCGCAGUUGCUCGACGAGGGAUAAAUCGGACCCAAAGCUGUUUGGAUUUAGCUUCGCCCGGCUUAUGGAAACUGGCGGAGCGACCAUCGCCGAUGGAGCCCAUGAGCUGUACGUAUACAAAUGCGAAGACCCGCUGAAGGUACAGCCGAAUGUGUAUUUGCGCCUACCUUGUUCCGCCGGUGACCGGCAAGCGCUGGGCGAUUCGCCUUCGUCGUACCACCGUAGUUCGAAAGAAGCCUUUUACGUGCGCACAAUCCUUUGCUCAACGAAACUGACACAGAAUGGAGAUUUACUGUCGCUGCUUCAGUGGCGCAAUAGACCGGAAGGCAUUCAGGACUCGUUGCAGCGCGUGUUGCGGCUGCAUAAUGAAGAAUUGAUCAAGUUCCUGCAGGACGUGCUCGACGCUCUGUUUGCACUGUUUUCUACCGACGAUGGUAACAGUACGCCGCACUCGGGACUGGUGUUUCACGUGCUAGUCAACAUAUUUAGUCUGAUGCAAAGUAGCAAGUUUCAACAUUUCAAACCAGUAAUGGACGCGUACAUACGCAAUCAUUUUGCUGCUCCGCUCGUAUAUCAAGGUUUACUUUCGUCGGUACAGCACCUAGCGGACUGGUUGACGACUACGGACAAUCUGGAGCCGAUCGUGCAGUGCUUUUGCUCACUGGAAUUUAUCUUCAAGCUGAUCAUCCAAUCGCGCAAAUUGUUUGCCCACGCGUCGGGUGGCCAAUAUGAGGACAAGUUUAAAAACGACCUAUUUUCGGUUUUCCUGUCGCUAAAUGGCAUGCUCGCAGUGCCAAGCACAACUCAAAUCCUAGCGACACAGGAAGCGCUGCUCAGUAACGCGGGCGUAGUGUUUGAGCAGCUGCGUACCAUCAUCACCCGGCCGGAACUAGAAACGCUUGUCAAAUCCAUGCUCGACGCUGUUCCAAAGGAUGCUCAGCCACCUCUAAUUCAAGCAAAACUGAAAUCCAUAAAGGAUAUGGUUUCCGGACAACUUUUCCAAGACGACGAGCUACGUUCGGUCAUAUUGAACAUCGCUUGCAAACAUCUGCGCAUUCAUUUAGCUCGCCGAGACGAGCUGAGACUUUGUUCAGAAAUUCUCGCUGAAGUGCUGAUCAAGCUGUAUGAAGCGAAGGCUAAAACCGGUGAAAAACCAUCAAACGCCAUCCAUCACGAUCUGGACACGUUGUUUGCGAACAUCUUUCCCAUCCUGCUACAAACAAUCAAUGUACUGAGCAAUGGCGGUAACGAAAAUCUCGUGUGUUCGUUGUUUGCGGUGAAGUUAGGCCUGUUGCAGCUGCUGGAUGAGUCGCACUAUCAACGCAUGUGGGAUCGACAACAGAGCGGUACCAGUCCGACGAUCGUUGGCGGAAAGGAGCUACGAGAUUUCAUACAGCAAUGUUUGGCCAUCUUCAAGGACAUUCUUGAGCAAGACUGGAUGAUUUUCUCAAAAGAUUGGCUGGUGAUGAAAAUGGCCGCCAACGACGUCUUGCGACGGACGUUAGAGGAAUUAGCAAAGCCACUAGUGUACCGUUUUCUCGGUCCUCAAUCGUUCGAUUCGCAACUUUGGUGGUCGUACUUUAGCGUCGCCGUUAUUUUCCUCACCCAGCCAUCGCUGCAGAUCGAACAGUACCACGAGACGAAGCGACGCAAAAUAUUGAGUACGCAUGGAGAUAUGCGCGUCAUGAUGGGCUUCCAAAUUUUGAGCAUGUGGGCCCAACUCGGCGAACACAAGCUGCACUUUAUUCCGUCGAUGGUAGGACCAUUUUUGGAGGUCACACUUGUUCCAGAACCGGCGUUACGAAAGGCCACGUUUACGGUAUUCUACGACAUGAUGCAAUGCGAACAGGUUUCGCGUGGAUCAUUUCGACUCGUAGAAAGCGAACUGAUCGACAAGCUGGAUUUGCUUAUAAGUGAAAACAAGGGAGACGAUGAAUACCGGGAGCUGUUCAGCACGAUGGAGCAACUGUGUCUAGCACUGUUGGAACGUGUACAAACGGAGAAUCCUUCUUGGCGCGAGUCUGGCAUAGCGUUCAUCUCCUCCGUCACGCGAUUGCUGGAGCGACUGCUUGAUUACCGCAGCGUUAUGCAAGGUGAUGAAAAUCGUGACAAACGAAUGACCUGCACGGUCAAUUUGCUCAACUUCUACAACGAUGAGAUUAAUCGCAAGGAAAUGUACGUCCGCUACAUUUACAAACUGUUGGAUCUGCAUCUGGGUGCCGAAAAUUAUGUCGAGGCAGGGCUUACGCUGAAGCUCUACGCCGAUAUGCUUUCCUGGGACAGUGAAAACAUUUCGGACGAUUCGAACGGCCCGCGCGAAUGGGAACAGAAGGAAAAGAUUUACAAGAAUAUCAUCAGCUAUUUCGACAAGGGCAAAUGUUGGGAAAAGGGCAUCCCGUUGUGCAAGGAACUGGCGAUGUUUUACGAGCGCAAACGUUUCGAUUACAACCGGCUGAGUGAUGUGCUGGUCCAGGAAGCUAAAUUCUUCCAGAACAUACUCACGCAAUUGCGCCCGGAACCGGAAUACUUCCGUGUAGGAUACUACGGAACGGGAUUUCCAUCAUUCGUCAGAAACAAACAGUUCAUUUAUCGUGGACUGGAGUACGAACGGAUUGGUGCAUUUAUACAGCGACUUCAGACAGAAUUUCCGACUGCACUGAUACUGGACAAGAAGCAAUACCCUCCGGACAGCUCAAUACUAAACUCGCCCGAGCAACGCUUCCACGUCGUCAAUGUUCGACCGAUCGCCGAUCCGUACCACCUGAAAAGUGCCAAAGUGACCGUUCCGGAAAAGAUUUCCAAGUACUAUGAGGUGAACGACGUUACACGGUUCCAGUAUGACCGUCCUGUACACAAGGGCACGGUUGACAAAGACAAUGAGUUCAAGUCACUGUGGAUUGUCAGAACAAUCUACGAAACGGCGCAACCUUUGCCGGGCAUCUUGCGGUGGUUUGAAGUGAGCAAGACAUCGGAACACGAGUUAACACCGGUUGAGUUUGCCUGCGAAACAAUUGCCAACGUGAACAAGGAGCUGUCCGAUCUGAUCGUUCAGUACCGUCUUGAUCCGAAGCGCAACUUGAACCCGUUCACAAUGCGUUUGCAAGGAUCGGUCGAUGCGAACGUAAACGGAGGCUUCAGCAAGUAUCAGGAUGCAUUCUUUUCGGAACGCUUCGCCAAAUCGACCGAGGGGCGCGACCAAAGUGUGCACGUGCAGCGACUGAAGCGAUUGAUAUUCGAACAGAUGCAAAUACUACGUCAGGCGUUGGAACUUCAUCGCAGCCUUGCUCCGGAGCAGGUGCUCCCGCUGCACAACCGGCUGUCGGAGGCAUUCCUCGAGUUGGAGAAGAGCACGGCCGAGUGGAAGACGAAUAUUAACAUUCCAACAAAGCCACUGCCACCGUUGCCGAUUGGGCAACAACAACAGCAAGGUGGUGCUAGCGACUCUUGCAUGGGUCCAAAUGGUGGAAAGGUGGCGAUGAUGAAUGGCGGAGCACAAGAGUUGGCAUACUUCCCGGAGGAUUACGAUGGCACGUAUAUGUCCGUGAACAAGAAGGCACUCUCGCUAUCAGGAAUCGUCCCUAUGACUGCAUUGACCUCCUCUCCGGUUCCGCACAUUCCACCGCGUGACAACAACGGUGGCUUGAUAUUGCCUGCCGUGUGUUCACCUACGGCUCCACCAUUACCACCGCGCGGCCACACGCCCGACAAACGCAGUUCCAAUCCGAUGCCAUUUACAGAGUACGUAGAGCAGCAGCAGCUGCAGCAACACAGCUUGCCGGGUAAGAAUCGGCAGAAAAAGUACUCUCUGUACGAAAUAUCGCUUAACGACAGUGGCAAUUACGGUAGUCCGCGGAAUCUGAGCGAAUUUAGGCAAGGCUUUUACCGAGAUUCGGGCAUUUCCACCAGUACCCAAGAAUUGAACAAUCUCAAUGUAGCAUCGUCCUCUGGCGCAGCGGCUGGUCAGCACGCAGCAUCGCAAGUAGGAGAUGGUUGUGUCCAAACACCACCGCAUCAACACUAUCAUCAACCAAUGGCAAUUCCAUCCACCGUAACGCCACACGACGAUUACAACAUCAUUGCAAACGGCAAUACUCUGCCGGCAAUGGUACAUCCCUCGAACCGGGGCCACCAAAAGACGAACUCUAACCCAGAGGCGUACCAAAGCAUUCCAAUGAUGAGCGGGUCAUCACCAUCGAGCGGUGGUAUGGCACAACCACCACCACCGCCAAUUCCUCCCAAGUCGGCAUCGCUGCACCACCAGCACUCCCUACCAGCCGUCAGCAUCGGAGCGGGCAGCAAUAAUAAUAACAACAAUAAUAGCAUUUCCCUUAGCUUCCAUACGCAAGGAGCUCAUGCGCAGCAGCAUGUACCACAAUCUCACUACCAUCAUCAGCGCAAUCAGUCGCUUAACCUAAGCACCAACAGUUCGUCUGAUGGGGAGCAGUUAAGCUUGAACGACAUUAGCCCAGCGCCACCACCGAUGUUUAAUGACAAUUUUAGUGAUUCAUUCAGCGACGAGUGUGACAAUCCGGUGCCGAUUGGUCAACACUCCAAGCUGACACCUAGUCCAGGACGUUCGGGAGGAUCCGCUGGAGUGGCAGGCAUGGUGGUUGGGGCACCGUCCGGGUACAACACUGCGCUUAAUGGAGCAUCGUCCGGAGAUGGAACGGUGGAGCUAAGUUCCAUCACAACGACAACUACAACCACCACUAUCAUUUCCUUACGUCGGGACGAUGAGGACGAAAUAUUCUACUAGUGUGUCGGAGAGGUGGAGAGGGGAGUGAGAGAGAGAGAAAGAGAGAGAGAGGAAGAGGGACAGUUAACCAAGGGCACAUUCACCCGAAGAGGGUAUCACCUUUCUUCAGGACUGGUUGGUGAGAGAAAACUUGAGGAGUGAAGACUUUUCUACUGAUCGUUUUUGAUCGUACAUUGUGAAAGAUGAUGAUAUUAUUACAUGGGCACGUGUUCCAUGGGUGUGGAAGCGUAGAAUAUAUGUGCAAUCUCUAUUCUUAGUUCGCGCGAAUGAUCCACAUGGAGGAGAGAGGAGUUCUGAUGCGACGAUUUUCCGCGAUAAGAAGGCAACUACAUACCAACGAGAAUUAUAUUCAGGAACGUCAUUAGUACCCAUAUUAGUAGGAAAUCGUUUAUACUACCGUGAAGCGUAAAGCAUGCACCUGCUGCCUGCUAUAUUUAUAUAUACACAAAUUACAUGCGGCUAUAUAUACAUACGCCCAUAAUUUAAAUGAAAACGAAUUCCAUACAAUGAAUUAUAUACCUCUAUACAACUACUCGUGCCCCUCUGCCAUCAAAAGAAGGAGGAGGAAUAUUUUGCAGUGAUACUCCCGUACACUGCAGUAUUUCAUCUUUAGUCUCUGGUUCUGUAAGUGUGUGUAUGUGUGUAUGUAAGAGUGCGUGUCAUUUCUUAGUGGGAGUGCAAAACCCGUUUGCCAAAAAAGAAAAAAAAAACAA